CGGGUGUCGCGGAGUGGGCAGGUCCCUGAGAACUUCGCCGAGUCUGCCCGGGGCGGAGGCGCGCCCUGUCCGUGAGACGGCAGCCGCCGCCCGCUCGGCAUGGCCGGCCGCCUCGGCCGCGGGAUGUGCUGGGGCAAGCGGGGCCGGGGCUGCCGCGGCGGGGGCGCGCUGCUCGCCCUGGGGCUGCUGGCCGCCCUCGGCUUCCUCGUGUGGCGGCACGGCCCGCCGCCCCUCCACGCCGCCCGCCGCGCCCCGCCGCAGCCGCCGUCCCCCGACUCCGAGCUGCUGCGGCGGCCGGUGUACGCCAAGCCGGCCCUGGACCCGGGGGCGCUGGGGGAGCUGGGCCGGGCGGUGAGGCUGGAGCUGAGCCCGGCCGAGAAGCGCCGCCAGGAGGAGAGCAUCCGCCGGCACCAGAUCAACAUCUACCUGAGCGACCGCAUCUCGCUGCACCGCCGGCUGCCCGAGCGCUGGCACCCGCUAUGCAGAGAGAAGAAAUAUGAUUAUUAUAACCUGCCAAAAACCUCUGUUGUGAUAGCUUUUUAUAACGAGGCUUGGUCAACACUUCUGCGAACUGUUCACAGUGUUCUUGAGACAUCUCCGGACAUACUUUUGGAAGAAAUUAUCCUUGUAGAUGAUUACAGUGACAAAGAACAUUUAAAGGAGACUUUGGAAAACUACGUGGCUGGCCUACGCAAGGUGCGUCUUAUCCGCGCAAAUAAGAGGGAGGGGCUGGUUCGAGCCCGGCUGCUGGGGGCGUCUGUGGCAAAAGGAGACAUCCUAACGUUCCUGGACUGCCACUGUGAAUGCCACGAGGGCUGGCUGGAGCCACUGCUGGCAAGGAUUGCUGAAGAAGAAACAGCUGUUGUCUGCCCUGUUAUUGAUGUUAUUGACUGGAACACAUUUGAGUACUUGGGAAAUGCUGGUGAGCCACAGAUUGGUGGAUUUGAUUGGCGCCUGGUCUUCACUUGGCACAGCACCCCUGAAAGAGAACAAAAACGGAGGAAGUCCAAGACCGAUGUGAUCAGGUCUCCAACCAUGGCAGGUGGAUUAUUUUCUGUGAGCAAGAAGUAUUUUGAUUACCUUGGUUCCUAUGACACAGGAAUGGAAGUCUGGGGAGGAGAAAACCUUGAAUUCUCAUUUAGGAUAUGGCAGUGUGGAGGAAGUCUUGAGAUCCAUCCUUGCUCCCAUGUAGGUCAUGUUUUCCCCAAACAAGCUCCAUACUCACGGGCCAAAGCUCUGGCAAACAGUGUGCGUGCAGCUGAAGUGUGGAUGGAUGAAUAUAAACAACUUUAUUACCACCGAAACCCACACGCUCGCCUGGAACCAUAUGGAGAUGUGACAGAAAGGAGACUUCUACGAGAGAAGCUGAAAUGUAAGGACUUCAAAUGGUUUUUGGAGAACGUGUAUCCAGAACUUCACGUACCCGAGGACAGACCAGGCUUCUUUGGAAUGUUGAAGAAUAGAGGAAUGGAAAACUUCUGCUUUGAUUAUAACCCUACAAAUGAACAUCAAGUAACUGGACAGAGGGUCAUACUCUACCCAUGCCAUGGCAUGGGACAAAAUCAGUUUUUUGAGUACACAUCCCAUAAUGAAAUACGUUACAACACGCGACAACCAGAAGUCUGCGCAGCGGUCGAUUCAGGGACUGACUACUUGACGAUGUACUUGUGUCAAGAAAAUGCCCACAGUGUUCCUGAAAACCAGAAGUUUAUUUUCAGAGAGGAUGGUACCUUGUUUCACCCACAAACCCAGAAGUGUGUACAAGCCGAGGCAAACGCUUACAAUGGGAACCCAGCACCAUUGUUACGACCUUGUACCAACUCGGACUAUCAAAAAUGGUUCUUCAAAGAAAGAAGUUGAUUCAGAUGUUGUCUGGGAUAUAGCUGAGUACAAAAAACAUGUGCUCUUUCUAGUCAGCAGUUAGUCAGCCUUUUGAAAAGCUCAUAAGUGAUAUAUUUUUGUAUGGAAAGGACUGUAAUUAGUUGACAAGCCUUGGAUCUUGUUUCCUGGAGCUUUAGAAGGCACUAAGUAUUGAGAGCUUCAUAAAGUGCCACAGAAUCUGCUCCUUUUUAUUUGGCAGCUACAUAACUGCUUCUGAAGUGUCUUAGGUUUUUUUACAAGUGACUUUUUAAAAUCUACUGUGUGGAAGUAAGGCAAUCAAAAAAUUGCACUAAUGUUAAUCUGCCGAUAACUUAAAAUGUUUGUUUUUCUACUAAAACAUUCUGCAGUUGGGUCUUUUAACACAUAGUAGUUAAUAAUUAUUCUUGUCUUUUAAAUACCAAGAAAGUAAAUGUAGGCCAUAUUCUGCCCUAAGUGACUACCACAAAGCCCUCACUGAAGACUGUGUGGAUUUACAUGUAAAGGCAGAGUAUGUCUGCAUGUUUUUGCACAAAUAACAAUCUAGUUGCAUACAAAUUGCACAUGCUUGACAAUACUAUAGCUUAAAUAGUCUGACAAUUUUAGAUGUUCAUGGCACUCGACAAGUUUCUAAUCAUGCUUAAGAUUGGUUUGGAAGUAAAAUGGGGAUUUUCUCAUCUUUCUUAAAGGCAGAAGGCAACAAUAUUUAAAGAUGAUGCUUUGGGAAAAGCUAUUUAGAUUCAUAUGGGCCCAGCUAUGUGGCUGUGUUCUAGAAUCCACAACCAACUUUAAUGUUGUGUGGAAUUUCAAUGUGCAUAAUACUUUCAAUAUAAGACCUAUCAAUAAUUAUUUUGUAAAAAUUUCAACAUUACAGAGAAAAUGAAUCUUAACAUUUAAGUUUUUAAAUGAUUCAUGCAAAAACAAUUAUAUUUUAAAAAUGGUUUUGCAACUGAUUUCUGUGAAAUUCAGCUAAUAUUAAUACAAAAAUUAUUGACUUUGAGGUAUAACUUGUAUUUUGUCUGGGAGCUCCUUUUAGAUGAGUUGACCUUUCAUGUGGUCCUGUUGAAAAUGGGGGGUGUAAUCUGCAGCAGUACAGGAUGGUUUGUGCCCUGGUGUGUGGGAUCUGCCUUGCCCAACCAGAAAGGAGUGUUUGUAUAGCAAUGUGUCUGGCCAUCAACCAUCAGCAUUACCAUGUUGAUUAGAAGGGUUUCAGCUCAUAAGAAGAGUUUCUUUCCCUGUCAGAUGAAGGAAUGCUUAUAUGUAGAAGGAUGAAAAUAUCAACCUUUUUUCCCCCAGAACUCUGGGCAUCUCUUUUGAUUAGUUUGGUAUGUGUUUUGUUAUUUGCUUUUGUUCAUGUUUUCUAUAAAAAAUGUACAGCUUUUCCUUUGAAUCCCCAUAAGCUCAUGCCAUUUUGGCAUACCUAUUUAUAUGAUUGGGGUGUGGGGGGAGGGUUUCUGCCUGUAGGAGAUACAUGUUUACAUGUUCUUUCAAGGUCUUUCUUACCCAUGUAAAUAGAAGGUUUCUGUGAGCACCUUUGAAAUUUUGUCUCUGUGGGCUAGACUGAUGAAACUGGUGUUAGACUUAAUAAAAUACUUUGUGAUUCAGUA